AUGAUAUCACUGCAGCUUCUGACACAAAUGCAGAAAACAAGGCUGAAAAUAACAAAACGGGCGGUAUGUGCGUGUGCCUAAGGUACGGAAUACGCCAGAAUUCCAAAGAAGAAGAUGCAUAUCAAUCGUCUUCUUUGGACUUCUGGCAUAGGUGUUAGGCUAUGCUAUGCCUAUGUCAACCUCAAAGCUAAACCAGGCAAUAGUAAGAAGCGUCAACCACGCCCUCAACCUGUGCUAAGAAGAAUGCUGUGCUGAAGCCCCGCUUCACCUUCGAGAACGAGAAGACUAGACCACCUGCAGUUUGUAAACAUACAUAAAAACAAUGUCAAGAUCAAUCAAAGAGCUUAUUCUCCAUUACGACCCAAUUAAUGAAAGCAAUAUUUUUACUAGUGGGGACAUUGUGGAGGGGCGAGUUGUUUUGGAAGUGACCAAAGAAAUAAAGGUGGAAACACUUUUUGUGAAGUUCACGGGAGAUGCGAACGUGAGCUGGACUGAACAAUCCGGUGAGGACGAAACAACCUACAGCGACCAUGACCGAUACUUCAAACUAAAGCAAUACUUCAUUCAAGAAAGCUCGAAAAAAGGACAAAGUGAAAAGAAGACCACUCUUGUAAGUGGAGAGACUUAUGGACCAGUGAUUAAACCAGGAAGUCAUGUUUUUCCGUUCAGAUUUCAGCUGCCUCAACAGAAUAUGCCUCCAUCUUUUAAUGGACAGCAUGGCUCGGUUAAGUAUGUGUUGAUGGUAAAGCUGAAGAGGUCUUGGAAGCCAACAUCUUCUACAUGUACGGAAAUAACCUUUUUGCCCAGGAAUGAUAGAACCAAUGAUCAUUUACUGCAACCACAAUCUGGCACAGAAGACAAGAAGAUGAAACUUUUUGGCUCAGGAAAAAUGGCAAUGACAGUAACAGCUGACAAAACUGGCUAUAUGCAAGGUGAAACAAUCAGAGUUUCUGUUGAUAUUGACAACUCAUCAUCUCGCGACGUCAAGCUGAAGUACAGCCUCCAACAGAAACAGACCUUCUUUGCUGGCAGCAGAACUAAUAACGCACUUAAGUAUAUAGUCAAAGAAACUAAAGAUCGCAUCCCAUCUAGAGAAAAGACUAAAUCUGCAGUGGACAUAAACCUUCCAUGUGACCUGACUGUCACCAUUGAAAACUGCAGAAUUAUAAAAGUGCAGUACUAUCUCAAGGUCUAUCUGGAUGUGUCUUUUGCCUCGGAUCCAGAAGUUAUGUUCCCUGUGGUUAUUCUUCCAGCUGACCAACGAUGUCCUCCCUGGCAAGGCCCACCUGGGGGAUUCCAGCCAUAUCCGCCGCCUCAGCCUAACCUUGUGCCCUAUCCUGUUGGUCCACCACCUUCAUAUGCAGAAGUUUACCCCAAUCUGAAUGACCCUUCAGUCCUGCCCUAUUCAGGAGCUGCUGCAGGGCUUUACCCAAAUCCAAAUGCCAUGAUGCCUGUUUUCUAUCCGACUCCAUCCGCACCAGUUUAUGAUCCAAAUCAAAGCACUAAAGAAUCCUCUCCUAAUGUGCCUUAUUAGUCUUGUUCACCAGAAAAACUUUAUCUGCAUGAAUUCAAGCUUGGUGCCUAUUAUUGUGCCUCUUUAAAAUUAGGACUGUUUUUAAUUUAACAAGGAAUGUACAGUAUAAAAAAAGUUUUUGAGAUUUAUUUCAGAUUUAUUUGGCCUUUGUAGUUCACUGUUCAGUUUCCCCUUUUCCCAUGUGCUCCAAAAACGCAGGUCUAAAAACUUUCACUAUCCUUUAUUGCAGUACAAAAACAUUUUUACAAAAUGUCUCUGACCACUGUUCCUAAUUCGAGCAAGGAAGGUGGAGUGGGCUGCUAAUGCCGACAAUGUCCACUUUUUAUGCUCCUUCAUCCCAUUAGGUGUAGGGCUGAGCAAAUAUGGGCAUAAGUCUUUACUGCUCUAUUGUAAUGAAGUGCCUGGAAAGACUAGUUGCCCAGCACAUCAAGGCCUGCCUCCCACCAUCAUUAGACCCUCACCAGUUUGCCUAUAGGGCAUCGCCAUCAUCCUUCACUCAACGUUGAGUCACCUCAAAACUCAGGCAGCCAUGUAAGACUACUCUUCAUAGAUUUCAGCUCAGCCUUUAAUACAAUAAUACUUUGGGCUUCCACCCCCCUCCCUCCACCUGCGCUUGGAUAAAACACUUCCUCUCAAAGAGACCACAACAAGUUAGACUUGUUCAUCAUCUCUCAGAGGGUCAUAGGUUCAGCCCAAAAGCCAUAGGUUGCCCCCUUCCCUCCCUGUAAGAGCUUGCCAACUCCUUAAUCGGACUAGAUCUAUUCUCGAAGACACUGUCCACCCUGCCCGACACUUGUUCAACCUGCUUCUUUUUUCCUCUGGGCCAUACAUUCACUGAACAAACAAUAACCCUGUGAAAUAAAGGUAAUUCCUCCUUUCACUAUCCUCCUGUCAUGGCUCAUUACCGACAUGAUCUCAUCUGCAAACAUUCUCUUUUUUUAUGCUGAAACCUGCUGCUAUGUCAAAACCUGAUAAUAUUUUACAGAUAUGUGUGUGGGAGGGUGUGUGCUGAAUGGGAGGGAGGGGAGUGUUUGUUUGUUUGUUAUAUUUAUCUAUUAGUACAUAUUUUAUACUAUACUUUUUUUCUUAAAGCACUGAUCUGGAAUUGUCCAAAUUAACUGAUCUGUAGUAGCACUUGAAAUUUCGUUGUGUUACACUGUAUUUAUGCAAUGACAAAUAAAGCUUGGACUUUA